AUGUUUCCCUUGGCCACACCUCCAACACAUACCAGGUCUUAUCUCGAGAUAUACGUUAUGGCCUAUGAUCUUUACAGUUCGCACCGACGGAGACAUAAAAUCUCGUCUAACAACCUCACAGUCACUAGAGCAGACAAAAAUGCAGGUCUGGUUAUCCUUCCAACUUCUGUUUAUAAUGAAAAAACAUUAAAAUUCUUCGAAGACAAUAACAUUCACGCAAACGUAACUAACAUCUUGACAAGGUACACCACUCGAUUGAACAAGCUACUCAGGACGGCCUUGCCUACCCUUCAGAAGUUCACCCCUAGUUUAAACAUUCAUAACAUUAAAGAAAAGAACCCACAGAUCCCAAAUCUAUAUAGUCUUAUAAAACUUCAUAAAGUAGACAAGAGCAUCAGACCUAUAACUUCAGCACACGGUUCACCAGCCCAUAAGGUAUCAAAGGUCAUCAACCACAUCUUGACCCAUCAAUUAGGCUAUAAAUCACCCAUGUCUGUAAAAAAUUCGAUAGAAUUAGUCAACAUCAUAGAAUCCACCAAAUUAGACUCGAACAAUGAGUAUAUUUUAGUUUCCUUCGGCAUAGUUAAUCUUUACACAAACAUUCCAGUCGCAGAAUCCCUCUCUUUACUGAGGGAAUUCCUGAAUGCUUGUCAGACCCUAAGAGACUUCAAUAUUGAUAACGAAGACAUCCAAACGAUAAUGAACUUAAUGGAACUUAUUUCUAAGCAAAAUUUCUUCAGCUUCAAUGGCAAUGUUUACACUAUGACAGAUGGUGUACCUAUGGGUUCACCCAUCAGUGGACUUCUUGCAGAGAUCUUCGUAGCUUACUUGGAGUCUCUAAUCAUCAAACACCACUUAUCACAUAAAAUAAUUCUUUGGAGAAGGUACGUUGAUGACAUAUUCUGUAUAUGGUCUGGAACCCUUGACGAAUUAAACUCCUUUCUCACGUUCAUCAACUCCCUAUCCAGAAUUAAAUUCACACUAGAGAUUUCCGAUAACAACAAUAUUAACUUCUUGGACUUGAACAUUACUCUGAACCCCGACAAUUCGUUUAACUAUAAUAUUUACAGAAAGCCCACACAAACUGACGUUGUGAUCCCUAAGUUCUCCUACCACUCACCCCAGAUCAAGAGGACAGCCUUCUACUUUCUUCUGAACCGCCUGCUUAACAUUCCCCUUACUAAAACAGACUACAAUAAAGAACUUGGUAACAUCUACAAGAUUGCCACCAACAAUGGCUACCCUGUACAAUUUGUGGACAACAUCUUAGCCUCUAUCAAAGAAAAACGCAUUUACAAGAAAGUGUACCCUCAUACUCCUAUCAAGAAAACUUAUGUGGUGGUUCCUUACUUCCAUGGAUUCAACUGCAAGUUAAAAUCUCUACUUUCCAAUCACGACCUAGCCCUCAUUAACAGCUCACAUAAAACUUUAGAGAGACUACUGGUUAACAAUAAACCAAAGAAAAACAACGCCCAAAAAAGUGGAAUUUAUAAAAUAAAUUGCGACAACUGCCCUGCCUUCUAUAUUGGUAUGACAACCAGAGCCGCAGGAAUCAGAUUUAAUGAACAUGUCAAGAAUAGACCAGCUUCAGCGAUGGGUAGCCACUUGCAUGAAAAUGAACAUUCCGCUUCACUCGAGGGACUGACCAUAAUUCACGAAAGCGACGACUUCUGGAGACUAACUCUUCUAGAACAACUCGAGAUUCUGAAGAACAAAAAUAGUGAACACCUCCUCAACGAGAUUAAAGAUUUUCCUAACCCAAAUUUGUUCAAACUAGUUCUCUUUCCCAACCAAUGA